AUGAACCGACGCGAGUUGUUAGCAGGCAAGACUGUCAGUAGAAAGGCGAAAUCACGGACGAGCACACCAAAUGCCAGCAGACAGGUCUCUCGAGCCAACACGCCGUACCACUCCGAUGACGAGGCCGACAUGAGCGACACUACACAGUGGAGUACUAACAGUAUCGACGACCUCAUCGCGAGCGCGGAAGACGACAAGACUCCGGACGCUUGGACCGCGUUUCUGGACGAGAAGAUGAACGAGAUCUGCGAUCGAAAACGUUCGAGCGUGCAAGGACGUGAAGACAGCUUGCAGGCUUUUAUCGCCGGCCUGACACGGCAUUAUGGAAAGCAGGAGAUAAAGCGGAAGAUGGGCGAGCUGGUCCCGAGCCUGCUAAAGAGUGUAAAGAGCGGGCAGACCGAGCGUGAGACCGUGCUAGCGUUGAAGGCUUUGGCGCUCAUGCUGGUCACUGAUCCUUCGGAGGACUUCUACGAUACGGUGUCUGGGCCUGUCAAGACCGUUGUCACCGACGCGCAACACCCUACGGCCAAGAUUGCUGCGAUGCAUGUCCUGAGUGUGGCCACGUUUUAUGGCGGUGCCAGUAUGGAGGAGGUCGAGUCAAUCAUGGACUUCUUCUUGGAAAUCGCAAGCUCGGACGGCAGCUCCAUCGAAGAAGCGGACAACGCAGAAGUAGUCGUUACUGCCCUUGAAGAAUGGGGCUUCCUUGCCACACAACUCGAGGACCUGGAAGAAUCUACAGAGGUGGCCAUGGACACCUUCGUCGAUCAACUCGAAAGUGGCGAUGCCGGCGUGCUCACCGCUGCCGGCGACAACAUCGCGCUUCUGUACGAGAAAAGCUACACGGAAGCUGAGUCGGACGACGAGGUCGAAGAAGGAGAGAACGAAAAUCAGCUCUUCGCCGAUGGAAACGCGAACAACGGCAACCGCGACGUCAUGAUCAAGCGCUACACUGUGUACCGCCAGAAGCAUCGGCUCGAACAACAGCUGGCCGAACUUGCUAAAGCCUCCUCCAAGCGCUUGUCCAAAAAGGAUCGCAAGUCGCUCCACAUGACCUUCACCGACAUCCUGCACACCGUCGAAAAGCCCACACGCGGCCCACGAUACAGCACGGCGCUCGACGAGGAUGGGUACGAGAUGGGGUCGAGGUUGAAGAUCAAUGUUCAGAACGGUGGCAAGAUGACAAUUGAUAAGUGGUGGAAGCUGCAUCGACUCAAUGCUCUGAAGAGGCUGCUGCAGAGUGGCUUCUUGGAGCAUUACGAGAACAACCAGGUCGUCUUCGAUACGCUGCCGGUGGAAGUGGAGGGUGAAUGA